GUCUGCAGCUCCUCUUUGCCCCACAGCCCCCAGCCUCCCCGGCUGGCCCCUCCAUCUCCGGCUGCUGCCUUACCCAGUGCUGGGCUGCCCUGUCUCUGUCCCCAGGACGGCACCAUGGGCUUCUCUUCGGAGCUGUGCAGCCCCCAGGGCCACGGGGCGGUGCAGCAGAUGCAGGAGGCUGAGCUGCGGCUGCUGGAGGGCAUGAGGAAGUGGAUGGCCCAGCGGGUCAAGAGCGACCGGGAGUAUGCAGGGCUGCUGCAUCACAUGUCCCUACAGGACAGUGGAGGCCGGGGCAUGAGCCCCAAUAGCCCCAUCAGCCAGUCCUGGGCAGAGCUCACCAGCCAGACGGAGGGCCUGAGCCGGUUGCUGAGGCAGCACGCGGAGGACCUGAACUCAGGGCCCCUGAGCAAGCUGGGCCUGCUGAUCCGGGAGCGGCAGCAGCUGCGCAAGACCUACAGCGAGCAGUGGCAGCAGCUGCAGCAGGAGCUCACCAAGACGCACAGCCAGGACAUCGAGAAGCUGAAGAGCCAGUACCGGGCCCUGGCGCGGGACAGCGCCCAGGCCAGGCGCAAGUACCAGGAGGCGAGCAAAGACAAGGACCGUGACAAGGCCAAGGACAAGUACGUGCGCAGCCUGUGGAAGCUCUUCGCUCACCACAACCGCUACGUGCUGGGCGUGCGGGCCGCGCAGCUGCAUCAUCAGCACCACCACCAGCUCAUGCUGCCUGGCCUGCUGCAGUCGCUGCAGGACCUGCACCAGGACAUGGCGUGCGUCCUGAAGGAGAUCCUGCAGGAGUACCUGGAGAUUAGCAGCCUGGUGCAGGACGAGGUGGUGGCUAUUCACCUGGAGAUGACUGCCGCUGUCGCCCGCAUCCAGCCCGAGACCGAGUACCAAGGCUUCCUGCGACAGUAUGGGUCCGCACCCGACAUCCCGCCCUGUGUCACCUUCGACGAGUCACUGCUUGAGGAGGGCGAACCGCUGGAGCCAGGGGAGCUGCAGCUGAACGAGCUGACCGUGGAGAGCGUGCAGCACACGCUGACCUCGGUGACAGAUGAACUGGCUGUGGCCACCGAGACGGUGCUUAGCCGGCAGGAGGCGGUCACGCAGCUGCAGCGCGAUCUCCGGAACGAGGAGCAGAACACCCAUCCCCGGGAGCGGGUGCAGCUGCUGGCCAAGAAGCAGGUGUUACGAGAGGCACUACAGGGGCUGCAGGUCGCUCUGUGCAGCCAGGCCAAGCUGCAGGCCCAGCAGGAGCUGCUGCAGGCCAAGCUGGAGCAGCUGGGCCCUGGGGAGCCUCCACCCGUGCUGCUCCUGCAGGAUGACCGCCACUCCACGUCGUCCUCGGAGCAGGAGCGAGAAGGGGGAAGGACACCCACCCUGGAGAUCCUUAAGAGCCACAUCUCGGGAAUCUUCCGCCCCAAGUUCUCGGCAAGCUCUACGGGAAGCUAG